AUGCCAGGACUGACGCAUCUAUCUGACAGCAAGCAUGCCACAUCCUCUGCCAACUCACUGGCCUAUCAGUCUCUGCGAAUCAAACCAGCGACCAUCGCAUGGAAAGAUCUCACCUACGACGUCAAGCUCACCCGCUCAAACCCUCAGACCGGAAAGAAUGAAACUAUAGACAAGCGCAUCCUCGACGGCCUCUCCGGCAUCGUCCGGAGGAGAGCAAGAGCAGACAAUGUGACGCAUGUGCUGGGGCUGGACUCAUGCAGCAACACCAUCGUAGGAGACGUGUUCCGCAAGGGGCUGAGCGGAGGGCAGCUCCGCCGCCUGUCGAUUGCGGUGGAGCUGGUGCGGAACCCCUCCAUCCUACUGCUGGACGAGCCGACGUCAGGCCUCGACUCGGCGGCGGCAGAGAACAUCAUGAAACACUUGUCGCACCUGGCCAAGACUGGCACCACCAUUAUUUGCACUAUCCACCAGCCUCCGUCAGAGGUGUGGGCGAACUUCGACAAGUUCCUCCUGCUGUCUAGGGGCAAGUGCCUCUACUUCGGGGCGGCAAACAACGCGGUGGACUACUUCGAGAGGAUGGAGUAUCCGUGCCCGGGGCAGUCGAACCCGGCAGACUUCUUCCUGAGGCUGGCCAACACGGACUUCGAGGGUCACGCGGACAUCGAGGCGCUUGCAAAAGGCUUCAAAACUCAGCCUGAGGGCAUGUCGCUGACUUCCGCUCUUGCUCGACCGAUCGAGCAUGAAAUCAGUCCCAUCAGUCACAGGAAUGGCUUCAUGACGCAGCUCCUGAUCUUGUCUCAUCGCGCCUUCUUCAACAACGCGCGUAACCCGGGUAUCUUCCUCGUCCGACUCGUCAUGUACAUCAUGCUGUGCCUGCUGAUGGGCUUCAUGUUCUGGGACCUCGGCACAGGCCCCACGGACAUCAACAGCCGUGUUGCUCUCCUCUUCUUUGUCGCGGCUUUCCUGGUGUUCAUGUCGGUGGCGGUGCUGCCCUUCUUCAUCGUGGAGCGAGCUGUGUUCCUACGCGAGCGAGCCAACGGCUGGUACAUGGUGCCGGCCUACGUGCUGGCUUCGUUCCUCAUGUCGUUGCCGGGGCUCUUCAUCAUCUCGCUUGCAAGCACUGUGCUUGUUGUGUUUCCUGCCGGUCUCAAUAACUUCGGGGUGUUUCUGCUCGACCUCUUCCUAUCUCUCGUCACCGCGGAGGCGUUCAUGUGUGUCAUAGCAUCGGUGGUACCUCACUACAUCAUCGGGAUCGCGCUGGGGGCAGCGGUGUACGGCUUCUUCAUGUUGUGCGAGGGCUUCAUGAAGGUAAAGAACGACAUCCCAGAUUGGUUCAUCUGGGGGUACUACAUGGCCUUCCACACGUACUCUUUCAGAGCGUUCAUGGUGAACGAGUUUGAAGGCAUUCAGUACUUUGACAGCCCUCAGUUUCACAAUGGCAGGGAGGUUCUUGCCUUCUACAACAUGGAGGAUCACCCGAUCUGGAAGGAUCUGCUUGUUGUCGGGGGCUGGGCUAUCGCCCUCCAGAUCGUGUUUGGAACGAUCCUGCAGGUGUUCCACAAGGGCAAGCGGUGA